AUGGUGGGACUAAACGUGGUAAGCAUGGGACGGACAAAUAAAGUGGUUCGACUUUUGUUCCACGACCCAUUGACAACAGCUGAGUCCAGAAUCGAGAUGGACGUUACAAUGACAGUGUUUGCAGAUAUUCGGAAGCUUCUGGGUGUUAAUCGCGAGUGUAAUGCCAAGCAACAGAGUGCGCGCUGGCGGGAGGUGAUUGAAUCUUCCUCAGUCUCAGGCUUGACGCUAUCUCUUCUGCGAACGCGCGAGAACAUCAAUUCUAGUUCUUCUCAUCUCUACUCACGGCACAGCCGCACACACAUCCAAACAAGAUUCGACGCGCGCCCAAUUUAUCAACAACACAAUAAGCCAACAAACCUAUCUGACAUGACAGGCUGGAAAGUCAAAAUGGCCCCCAAGAGUACCACUCUCGCCGAAGGCACCCGCAACACCAGAGCCAUCCCUUUGGGCGAAGUCGACAAGGAGACCUGGUUGGCCGAGAUCCUCAAGGCCCCCAUCGGUCCCUCAAAGAUACCGAAGCUCCUCCUCACCGAUGCCGAAAUUAAUCAAGACUUUGCCAUUAUGGGUCUGCCUGUCGAGACCCUCGCUGCCGACACCAUCACCAACAACGGCCCCCCUACCCUUUCUUCCACCCACGUUCACGGCUUCUCGCCCGAGCAGCUUGAAAUGUAUUUGAAUGCUGCAAAGGUCUUUACGAAAGCCACCCAAGCACCAGAGUCAUCGGAGCGUGAAACACUCGCUGCCGACGUUCCCCGUCGUCAAGCAGUGCACGUCCUGGCCGGCAGCUCAAAGCAGUGGGUUGAGUCGAACGUUCGUGACGACCUUGCCCAGGAAUACCGCGAGGAGGGAAUCUACUUCCGCGCCCUCGCAGGUAACGUCCGUGAGAAGACCCAACGUCUUGCCGAGGAGGGUGACGUCGACCGGGUACCCAACGCUCGUCCUACCUCAACCGCCUCUAACAGCACCGACUCAACUCUUACCCCUCUGGUCAGCGAGGUCAGUGCUAGCCCCAAAGACCACGAGAUGGUCGACAGUUCGGAUGAGGAGAGUGAUACCGACGACCAAGGUUCUUUCCGUGCUUUAGAUGACGAGAAGGAUGAGACCACCGAGGAGGUUGAUGACGAGUAUGUCGACGAUGCUGAUGGUGAGGCCGUCUACGAGGCCGCCAGCGAAGUCAAUGAUGAGGUUGACGAAGCUGCUGAUAUCGCCCCUGAGGUUGUUGCUGAGGAAGAGGAGGAGAGUGAUGAUGACGGUAUCCCUGCCGGAGCCCUCGAGCCGGACGAGCCAUUCCACAUCAAUGACCCACGUCCCCUCGGUCUGAAGAUGCCUGUUAAUGCUGCCGGUACACGCUUCCCCUGGAAGUUUUAUCACAAAGGCACCAUUGACUGGGCAUCAAUUCCGGAGCUAGUUAAGCUGAACCACUGGAGAAACAGAACCUACCGUGCCAAAGUCAAGGCCUUCGGCGGCUACACUGACCUGAGAUGUGGCUACAAUGUCACCAUCCGGGCCGUGUCUACUCUGAGUGCCCCUCCGGCCGUCCGUGUCUACUCUGAGUGCCCCUCCGGCCAUCGAUCUACGUCCAACGGUUUAGCAAUUGGCAGCAGAAACGCCGGUGGCCGUCGAGAUCAAGUUCGAGCCAUCCUCUUCCACCACCGUGCAGUUCUCUCGCACCUGCACAACAGACGACUAUCACCGUCAACCUUACCUUCAAGUGUCGAUUAUCUUUCUUCUCCCUGGUCAUUCGAUCCAAUUGCGUUUCGCAAGCUGCUUUGUAUACACUCCACGUUCUUCCAGCCUGCGCCUGACGCACCUAUCCUUUUCGACAACCAUCUCAUUACGAUCCUCAAGCCUACCUGGCUCAUCAAACCACUGUUACUGCUUACAGUAAACAUCCUCAUACUCUGUUCCAUCAAAAAUAGACCACCCACACACCCUCCACUCAUGGAUGAAACCGCAUCCAUUACCGGUGUCGACCAGCUCCGUCAUUCCUCACGGAUCGGCGGAGCUGUACCUCCACCCACCACAGGAGUCGUCACCAGAGAGGCGCCCAAGCCAAGAGUGUCGGCAGAGACCAAGAAAUGGAAGGGUUACCGAUGGGAAACCGACCGGGUCAACUCGUUUGCUACCCUGUUGAUGAUGGACACGGGCGCAGAGGAGCUGGCAUGGCUCAGAUCCGGAGGACUCGCGGAACAAUGGAUCAGUAACCCCCAGAUUGCGUCCAUCAAUGAGCAAGCACUUGAGGUCGUUGUCGAUAGGGAGCGUGAGCGCGAGGAGGUUAUUGAGGCUGCAACUGUCUUGAUGCAGUUAAAGCACGGUUUCUGGUUCCUGGAUCAUACCAUAUCCGUCGACGCUAAUGCUGCUGUCGCGUUGAUGGGUCUUGGAGCAUCCGGUUCCCCCGCGACCUACACCGGGCGAGCCCCUCCUGGAGUGGGCCCUCCUGCCUCAGAAUCCCGACCCGAAACCACUGCUGCACCCCGCCAGUUGACAAUCUUCAUCACGAAGCGUGCUGCUGGUAAAGUCCCUGCUGUCGAGCAAGCCGGAAUUGCCCCUACCUCUAUUCAUGGGUCCAUGUCGCCCAUCCAGCCGAUGCGUAGACCUCUUGGAAUUACGAGACCUCGUCGCAGUGACGCCGAACUCCAGGAUCUCGACGACGCUCAGGCCGGAAAAGCAACUACUCCCAAGCAGGUCAUCUCGAACCCCAGGAGACCUCGACAGAUUGCUAAGAACCUUCUCUCAUCAACCCCUCGAGAAAGCAAGGCUGUCGUCUCUCAGGAGACAGUUUCUGUUGACCACACCUCUCCCGAGACUCCAAUUCCUCGUAUUCCUCGUAGAGCUGCCACCAAGCGAAAGCUUGUCGUUCUCAGCUCUGAAGAUGAGGUAAUCACCCCUAUCACCAGAAAGAAGUCACUUGAGACAAAGGCACCCUUCACCAACAAGAGAGCGACAAGAAGCAACAAGCUGGCUUCGAUCGAAGAGGAGCCCGAGGAAGUAUCCUCAGACGACAUUCCGCUUGUCAAGAGACAGAAGGAGUCGCCUGUUGCUCAGACAAAUGAAGACACCCCUAUUCCCGCGGAAACAGUUGUUCCAAAGCGCCUCACAAGAGCCUUCGCCUCUUCACGCCGCCAGCAGAUCGAUUCUGCCUUGAACAGCCCCACCAGUCAAAGGGUUCUCAGAAAGCGGAAGCCAGUCACGGUCGACGAAGGUGAUGAUAUCUCUUCUGAUAAAAUUCCCCUGGUCAAGAGAACCAAGAGGCCGUCAGUCGCUCAAUCCACCGAUGAGCGUUCUCAACAGAGAUCACAGCCGAAGCGUCGUCUGAGAGCCAGAAAGACCAUAAUCGUCGAAGAGACUGAAGAUGAACUUGAUGUCACCUCCUCACCUGUCAAGCGUGCUAUCCGCAGUCAGAAACCCAGGAGUACCACUGCAAAGCAGGCCAGUAAGCUCACAUCCAUUGCUGAAGAACAUGGAGCAGAAGAGGAGGAGGAUGAGGAAGACAACUCUACCCCUUCCAAGGGCGGCAAGUCGAAGAAGGACCUCGUAGACCGCCAUGCCGAUCUCCCCAAUAGCGCACCCGCAACCGACACUCACAUUCCUGCCGGAGCGCUCAGCCUGAACCAGCAUUUCAAGAAAAACACUCCGGUCCCCUUGGGCGUACAACUCCCUGUCGAUGCUGAUAGCACCCGCUGGGAAUACCUGGCAUAUGCCCCGAGGAAGUUGGACGUGAACAAUUUCGACUGGGCAAACGAUGGACACAGACAUGCUGCCAACAAGUGGAGACAGCAGCACAUCCGCCGCCGACUCGGAACCCAAGGUUUCAAGCACGAUGGCCGCACCAACCGCGAGGAAUGA